AUGGUUCCCGACACUUUAGCUGCAAAUGACGAACCAGCCUCUGAAGUUUCAGGACAAAAAGAGACAACCGUUCCAUUGGCAGCCUCGAGUUCAUCGACACAAAUUGUUAAUUAUACCACACGAACAUCACCACCGUCGCAAGACACGCAAGUAAAUAAUCUAUUUCUAGCCCGGCCUGGCAAAAAAGCGAGAGAAUAUUUCAUACAAAUUGGUAACUUACUGUCACCGGCUAUGGCAAAUGAUCAGGUUUAUGAAAAUUAUGGUCUGUUACUGGGUUUCGCUCCGGGAAUAUUGAAAUUGCUGAAAGGAGAUCAUCAAUCCACCACUACUGCACGCGCAAUUGUUAGACAGUUAUUUCCAGUUAAUGUUCGGCAAGAAAUUACGAAAGAUGAUUUUAAGGAUGAAAGAAGACAGCAUAUUCCGGGUAAGUUAGAUCUCAUUUCACUACAAAAAGAAAAUUGCAGUUCAAAUGUCUUCACAAUGCAAUAUUCUAAUAUUAACGAUGCAGAUUUGGUGAGAUUAUUGCAUAGUGAUGAGCAAUAUGAAAAAUAUAAAAUUAAUGAAGCUAUUAAUGAUCCGUUUCGUUCGUGUAGAUUCGCAAAAAAUCAAAUACUGUAUGUUAAAACUGAAGUACAAGAUGCUGAAGAAGAGCAAGACAAAUAA